ACUACGCCCUUGCAAGGAUAUAAUAGAAAACGUAAACUCGAAAAUUAUUUAGCAGUUGUAGAAUCUUUGACAGAGACGGAAUGCAAAGAACAUUUUUGCUUAUUAAGAACAGUAGCUGAUCAAUUAAUUGAUAAAAUUGAGCAAUCUGGAUUUAUUCCACAACAUUCAUUUGGAAUGAAACCCAUUUCAGAAAAGCUGAGUAUAUUAAUGUUCUUAUGGCUCAUGGCUAAUAUUGAACCUUUAAGGACAAUAGCAGACCGUUUUGAUGUUUCUAUAUCAUCAGUAUUCCGAAUAAUUAGACGAGUAAAUGCUUGGAUUUUAACAAAGUUAGAUGAUAUAAUUACAUGGCCACAGAACAAUCGUAUUCAGACUAUAUGUGAUCAAUUUUUUUUUUCAAGAGGAGUUCCAAAAGUAUUGGGAAUAAUUGAUUGCACCCACAUACGUAUAGAGAAACCUGUUACAAAUGCAAAUGAUUACUGCAAUUGCAAAAAAUAUUUUUCUAUUAAUUUACAGGCUGUUGUUGAUUAUAGAAUGUUAUUUACAAAUGUAUAUUGUGGAGAAUCUGGCUCCUUACAUGAUGCUCGUGUAUUAAGACGAUCUCCUCUUUAUAAUGCAGUAAAUGAAAAUAAAGAAGCAUUAUUUCCUGAAAAUACAUUUAUCAUCGGUGAUUCAACUUAUCCAUCAUUACCACGGUUUGUGCCACCGUUUCGUGAUAAUGGACACUUGACGCCACAACAAACUGAAUUUAAUUAUAUAUUUGAAUUUAAUUAUAUACUAUCCUCAACGAGAAUGAUUGUUGAAAAAAUAUUUGGCUUGGUAAAAGCAAGAUUUCGCCGAAUAAAAUUUUUUACUAAAUAUAGACAUAUAAGUUUUAUUACAAAUGUAGUUAUCGCUGCAUGCAUUUUGCAUAAUUAUUGUAUUAUUAAAGAUGAUAUUUUUUAUUUUAAUUUUGAUUUUAAUAAUGACAAUAAUCAUAUCAACGAAAUUAAUGAUAUUAAUGAAAAUAUUAAUAAUGAGGAUGUAGAUGAUCGAAGAAGACAACUGUUUAAUGAGUUAUUUCCUUAA